AUGUCAUCCUCCCAACCAGGUGAUGCAUCCUGGAAAUGGUUCCCCGACGCCAAAUUAGGAUGGUCUCUCGACGUGGUGAAUCUGCUCGUCGUCAUCGGCGAGUCUUCCAUCGCAGAACACUCCCAAGCUAUCACGGCUUCUCUUCCCGGCAUGCUUCCUCGCAUCUUGCCUGCGCCGCAAGCUCUUCUCAAGCCAUCGCGGCCAACUAGAAUGCCCGAGACACACGCUCGUAUGACGGGUGUAUACAGCGGCACUACACUUGAGUCAGUCGGAUUCUUUGCCAACAUCAUUACGCCCCUCGACAACCUACCCGCUUUCAGUUUCAAAGUCCUCGAAAUCAAGCAUGCAGAGCGGCCUGUGGAGCGAGUUCCCAAGGUAGCUGUAGGGAUGCUGCCUGCCGCUUUCGCCGCCGUCAAAAGGAUGAUGAUGAGGAUAAAGCAAGGCAAAGGCAAGCAAGUUGACGAAAGUGAUGAGAAACACGGCGAACAAAGAAGGCCGUCACAUCCAGGAGGGGAUGUAGAAUCCGGACCUAGUACAACAGAGCAAGAUCAUGAUUCCAACGGUGCAACGACGACUGGUCGUCCUCGACGCCAACUCACGGUUCAGUUCACCGACGAAACCCUCGCAGACAUGACGGAAGCAAACUGUCCGCCAGGCUACUCUCUCCCACGACGACGCUCAACUGCCCGGGAACGCGCCCAAGACCUCCUCACCUCGCCUACCGUCGCAGUAGGUGGCAACCGUCCAGCCGUGCCAGCCAAGCUCUUCUCCCCAAUCCACAUCCUCUCCAUCUUCUCCUGUGCCCUCAGCAUCGCCCUCAUCAUUACCGCCAUCAUCUGCCAAGACGGCACGGCCAUCCUCGCCGUUACCCUCAUCUCACUGGCAUCCACGGUCGUCGGCUAUGCCUCCUUCUGGCGGCCAAUCCUCAUGAAGCGCAAGCACACAAACGAAGUACCUCGCGGAGACGUCCUUAUCCGCACUCGCGAAGGAGCUUUCGUCCUGGUGCGUUGCUCCGAAGAAGUCGCCCGGGAACUGUACUCCGGCACAGAAGAAUGCGAGUACUACGUUGGGGGUAACACCUACCGCGGCUUGAUGGCCCUAGGCACAAUGCUCCUCAUGGUUAGCGUUGUGCUGCUCGGAAACUGUACAUGGGAGCUCAAAGUCUUCAUCGGCGCGUCUUACAUUGUUCUCAAUGGCCUAUACUGGGGCCUUGGUAUGAUUCCGCGGUCCCAUUUCUGGGAUUUAUCCCGGUAUGAAUGGGAGGAUGUGACGCUUCCAGAUGCUGGCAAGGCGCAUCUAAUUACGAAUGAGCAGGACCAGCGUGAGGGCCACCCCUCAUUCACUAGAACGCUGUGGUAUGCCAUCCGGGAGACCAAGCUGAUAGGCUGGGUCGAGAGGAGUGGUGCUGCGCCGAGCACAGAACAGUGGAAGAAGUGGCUUCAUGAGGCGGAAGAUGCUGCUAAGAAGGGCGAGAGGGAAUGGCCUGCUGUCAAGCGGAAGGAUGACAUUUUGAAGGAGAAGCUGAGAGAGGGUGAGGUGUAUGAUCGGGCGGCACAGCAUGCGCCAGUUACAGAAGUUAGACCGCCGCCUGAUUCGGGAAAUCGGUGGACCAAGGAUGGCACGUUUUAG